GAGGACGCGCGAGCGAGCAAGCGCGGUCUCGCCUUCGGAGUUGUUCGUUGGCCGCCCGUUCCCCCUCACACACCUCGGCCAGCGCCGCCGCCGCCGCCUCCUCGUCGUGGUAGCCGUCGGUCAUGAGGCCCGCCCGCCGUCGCUGGAGCGCGGCCCAGCUGCUGCCGCUGCGGUUCGUGUGGCGCGGCUGCCGCUGAGGCGUCUCCGCCCGGGCGGAGGGGGUUCCCUUCUUCGCCUCUCAGCCGCCGCCGUCGCCGCCGCCGAGGCCGCCAUGUUGGGCCGGGAGCCGCAGCGGGACCGCCGCUGAGCCCUCUGAGAAGGGAGAGGGAGCCAGGAGGACACGACGAAGACGACGACGGGAAGGACGAGGAGGGAGAGGAGCGGCCGGCGCCGGCGCCAUGGCGGAGCAGACCUACUCCUGGGCUUACUCCCUUGUGGAUUCCAGUCAAGUAUCUACGUUCCUAAUUUCUAUUCUCCUCAUAGUUUAUGGUAGCUUCAGGUCCCUUAACAUGGACUUUGAGAAUCAAGACAAAGAAAAGGACAGCAGCAGCUCAUCUGGGCCCUUCAAUGGCAACAGCACAAAUAACAGUAUCCAGACCAUUGAUUCAACACAGGCGUUGUUCCUUCCCAUUGGGGCAUCUGUGUCUCUCUUAGUCAUGUUCUUCUUCUUCGACUCGGUUCAAGUUGUCUUUACAAUAUGUACAGCAGUUCUCGCAACAAUAGCCUUUGCUUUCCUUCUGCUCCCAAUGUGCCAGUAUUUAACACGACCUUGUUCACCUCAAAACAAGAUUUCUUUUGGCUGCUGUGGGCGUUUUACAGCUGCUGAGCUGCUCUCUUUCUCCCUCUCUGUGAUGCUUGUCCUUAUCUGGGUCCUAACUGGUCACUGGCUCCUCAUGGACGCUCUGGCCAUGGGCCUGUGCGUUGCAAUGAUCGCCUUUGUCCGAUUGCCCAGCCUCAAGGUUUCCUGUCUGCUGCUCUCGGGGCUAUUAAUUUAUGAUGUCUUCUGGGUCUUCUUUUCCGCCUACAUCUUCAAUAGCAAUGUUAUGGUGAAAGUGGCCACACAACCAGCUGAUAAUCCGCUUGAUGUUUUAUCACGGAAGCUCCACCUUGGACCAAAUGUAGGUCGAGAUGUCCCCCGCUUGUCGCUGCCUGGCAAACUUGUAUUUCCAAGUUCCACAGGCAGCCACUUCUCCAUGCUGGGAAUUGGAGACAUUGUGAUGCCUGGCCUCCUCCUCUGCUUUGUCCUGCGUUAUGAUAACUACAAGAAGCAAGCCAACAGCGAUUCCUGUGGUGCUCCAGGACCAGGGAACAUCUCUGGCCGCAUGCAGAAAGUCUCCUAUUUUCACUGCACACUCAUUGGAUACUUCGUAGGCCUCUUAACCGCGACGGUCGCUUCUCGCAUCCACCGGGCAGCUCAGCCCGCCCUCCUCUACUUGGUACCCUUCACCUUAUUGCCACUCCUCACUAUGGCCUAUUUAAAGGGAGAUCUGCGUCGCAUGUGGUCUGAACCAUUCCACUCCAAGACCAGCAGCUCACGUUUCCUGGAGGUAUGAUGGAACGGAUGGAAAGUGACCGGAACUUCUGCCUGGUCCUUUUUUUGUGGCUCACAGCUUGGUUGUCCGUCCCUGUGGCUGGGCUGGUACUCAGGAGAGAAUUACCAGUUUGUGGAACUUGUACAAAUGGACUUGCUUUCUGGGAAAAGGAGGAAAGAGCAAAGGCGUUUUGGUGGUGGUGGUCGAGGGAGUGGGGGCUUUCCCCCUCCCUUCUUGGAACUGGAGACAGUUUGCCAUGGCAGCCGCCUCCCUCUUCUUCCUUCCCCUCCUCCUCCUCCUUACGGAUUAGUGCUAGGCCAUCCGGUGUUCCUCAGGGGAGAAGGAGGAGGAGGCAGACUGACAGACACUUUCUGGUGAAAACGGCAUAGAGUCAUUGAGGAACUUGUGAACACUAAGAGGAGACAAAUGGUCACUGCGCUUGGAGUUUCUUGGGAAACCCUACAAGUACUUUGGGACCAGUUUUCUGUUGGACUCCGGUUUCAGAGAGAACUGAGACAGAGGUUUUUCUGUCGCUAUAAUCUUUUUUUCCCCCCAUUCAAAUUUAUUAAAUAUGUUCUGUGGUGUGAGGUGACUUAUUAAAUCCACAGACAUUUGAGUGACUUCUUGCAGUACACGAUAUAAAGACUUUGUUGUAAACAAGUUACAUUUCCACCCAGAUGUCAUGUUGCAGUGAACAAGGGCACGACUUUUAUACACACACAAAUGCAUACACAGAAACACACACACACAUGCAAUGGGAAAACCUGCUAGGAUCAUGCUUUGUAGCUGACAGGGGCUUGCUGUAAUUUUUAGCAUGUAGAGCAGUUUACUCUGGGCUUUCUUGUAUAUGGAUCUGCAAAUAUGCUGCUGUCUUUCCCAUUUCCCUCCAUGAGUGAAGCUUCAGUUAAAAAACAACAACAACCAGUGUAGUAUUUUGUACUUAGUGUGCUCCUGGAUUUUAGGGGAUUCUUUGAUUUUUCAAUCAAUGUAGCAGACUUAGGGGAGGGAGAAAGCUGAAGCCCUUGACCCCCCCCCCCGGCCGAACCCCUAUUUUUGUUUGUGGGUUUGUUUUUUACAACUUAAUCCAUUACAGGUUUUUAGUAGCUCCCCUCUUGACCCUGUGCAUGUAUUAUAGCAGCUGUUGUCUCUGUGCGUUCUGAUCAUAGUAAUGUAUGACUUGUAAAUACAUUUUUUCUAUUUUCUAUUUUUUGUAUUAUUUUUUUUUGCAUUGUUUGAUUAGUGUGCUGUAUUUCCCCCCAUUCCCUUACGUUUAAAAAAAAAAAAGGGAGAGAGAAAGAGAAAGAGAGAAUCCUGUCCUCUGCUGUUGUGAUUGGUCAAAGUUUGUGAUGACUGCUUUGUACCUGGGAGUCUCUUAAAACGUGGACUUUUCUAAACAAAUUGUCCUGGCUAUGUUAUUUUUAACUGUUUCAAAGGUUCCUAAGAUGAACUUAAUCUUUCCUGUCAAAAAUGAAAGUUUCCUUUCUGCCCCCUGGUUUAAAAGACCUGCCCCUGUAAUGGGGUGCGUGUUAGCUUAGCCCAGAUUCUGGGAAUUCCUGGCAUUAGGUGGUGGUUUUAAGACCCUUCUUGUCCUAGACCAGAUUAGGGAAUCAUUUUACUGAAUAUUUUCUCCCCUUCCCCCCCUUUUCUUGCUGCUUCCUCAAUUCUUUCUGGGGAGGGCUGUGUCUUCAUGUCCUGUGAGAGCUUUCCAGGAGCAUCUGACUUGACUACCUUGGGAAACAGGAUACUGGGUGCACUUCUGGCCUGAUCCAGCAGGGCUGGUCUUAUGCUUUAUGAAUUAGAAGCUGCCUUGAGGGAGGAAACAGGACCAGAAGAUAAUAAAUAAUUAUGGAAACCACA